AUGGGGAUGUUCGGGCUGCAGGCGAGCGGCGCGGCGGCGUCGUGGAUGGUGGGGCGGAUGGGCACGGACGCGCACCUCUACGACGACCCCGAGGACGCCGCCCUCCCGGCGCUCCUCGACUCCCGCUUCUGUCAGGGACUAGUAGUGCUAUGGAGUAGUGGAUCCAUCGGGAUCCUGACAAAGUGGUAUCAGAGCGAGCGAUUCCCGGCCAAAAUUUCCACCGGCGGCUCCUCUUCCGAUUCAUCCAUGGCAACCGUGCCCACCCCCUUCUUCCCCACCACCAUGGUUCCCCCACCCCCGUGUGGCUGCGGAGCGCCGCCAUACGCCCCCUGCAGUUUCUCCCCCGCCGCCACCUGCACACCUACUCCUUUUCCCGGCGGCUAUUACCCACCCGCGUUCCCCUACGCCGGCACCUACCCCUACCCACCUCCCGCCUCCGCGUACACGCCCGCAUAUGGCUUCUCCCCAAACUGGCCAAAUUGGCCACCGCCUGCUCCAUACCCAACUCCAUACACCAGCACUUCCUCUCCUCCCAAUUUUCCAGUCACAUCAGAUCUGCAUCCCGCCGGCUUCGACCACCAUCCAGUUCCGGCUCCCGACACCGCCCCGACCACUCCAAAUCGAGACCUCCGCCCGAUCCAGAGCCACAUCUCCUCCAAGACCUCCUCGUCACCGGCCCACCACACGUCGUCGUCGCCCAAGGAAGUGGGCGAGUACCCUGCGCGAGUUUCCCGACCACACGUCGUUGUUCGAACCCCUCGACGCCGACGGUCUCAUUCAGCAAUGAGGUCGACCAGGGCGCUCCCACACCAUCCCGACGAAGACCUUGCACCACUACGUGCAACCCCCAUGCAUCCAGAUCAUCAUGUGCACGGAGAUGGCCUUGCGCCAUCAUGUGCAGCCCCCCUGCAUCCAGAUCGCCAAGAUGGUCAUGUUCCGCUCCAAUUUGUGCAAGAGGGACCUCACCAUGGAGAUCAAGCUUCGGCCAACUCCGAGAGGCAGGCCACUGACUACACCUCCGCGCCCAGGCUUCCACCGCUCGACGGCCUCCUCACUGACGUCUUCGACGGCACUCCUGAGGUGACCUUUUCUGCUCCCUCAAGGUCCUCUACGUGUGCAGCAGCAAGCUCAUCAGAAAUUCCUCUUGGCUCCCGUUUUGGCGAAUCUUUUGCUGCUCCUACACUGGUGUGCCCUGUUUCUGCAACAAGUGCACCAACACUACAAUCAGCUACUGCAGAUACCGCUAUGCAAUUGUUCGAUGAAAUGUCACAGCAAUAUGAUUUUCAAAAUCUCAACCACAAAAGUUUGUUCCUAGCAGAUGGUACUGAGCGUAGCUACUAUGCGCUACCAGAUAAUUAUGCCUUAGAGCGAGUCGUUCCUGAGUCAGUGUUCGCUGUUGACGACGACAAUCCAGAUGGCCGCUCAAAUGAGUUUGUUCAUGUGCUCACUAGCACUCCUGAGCAGCGGUCAUAUGCAGAAGAGCAGCAAGACAUUGAACAUAUUCUCAAGUGUGUCAGCAGGGCACCAGAAACUGAACAAACACUUGCUUGUCUGAAUUAUCUCACUGAUGUGCAGCAGCAACACAAGUUUGAGAAGGCAUCAGUACAUGUACAACAGCUGAGCGACCCACAGUCAAAUGUAUUAGUAAUUCAUGAGAGAAGAAAAGAAUGGGAUCCAGGAGCUUCAAUAUUUCUAAUGACCCCUCAGAAUGACGACAGCAGCAACGACCCAAUUGGCAAUGGACAUGUUGGGAAACUAGUCAGCAGUGCAGGUCAUUUUUACUUCCUUGGUACGACUGACCUAUGGUCCCAAUCUGAAUAUCGGUCCGUUGUGAUUAGAGUAUUUGAGGAUGUUAUGCUAAAUAAACCACCAGCUAAACCUCCCGAUAUGUAUGGUAUCGCUGCUUCAUUACUGCCGGUUAUUCUGUUGGAAGUACAGAAGGCUGUGAACUUAUCUGUACAUACUCAUUUCAACUUCUUGAGCUGCAACAGUAAGCAAUUCUCAGCUAUACAGACUAUACAGGGUAAUCUUUUCUCUCCUGAAGCCACCCAAUCGUGGCAAAGAGGUGCUCUCAGUCUUGGCAAUUGGGCUAUAUCAGCUCUCUGGCGUAAUACAACUCUGGAUGGAGAUAAAAUAUUUGGAGCUCAGCAUAUUCUUGAUUCAUCAAUGAAAAAGGGCAUUCACAUUUUGUCUUGGAAUCCAUGGUAUGCAUUUUUGUGGGAGUUCUCAAUGGAUAAGGUGUCAAGCAAAACUGCAGUGCCAACUCUAAUGGACCUGAGGCAUUUCUGGGCACAAUUCUGGUCUCAGUCUCAUUCCUGGUACAAUACUUCGGCUGAUUUCCUCCAGAAACAGUUCUGCAGUUUGCCUGCUACUCUUGCAUGUUCAGUUGGACAGAAGCUAUUCUCUCUGCAAUCUAUCCAUCGGGAUCCUGACAGCUUCGACGGCGACAAGGUCGACGCGCUCAAGCGCCUCCUCGCGCUCAUCGCGCAGGGCGUCGACGUCGCGCACCUCUUCCCGCAGGUGGUCAAGAACGUGGCAGCACAGUCGCUGGAGGUCAAGAAGCUCGUCUACCUCUACCUCCUCCACUACGCCGAGAACCGCCAAAACGAAGCUCUCCUUUCUAUCAACAUAUUCCAGAAGGAUUUAUCAGACAUAAACCCAUUAGUGAGGGCUUGGGCCCUCCGCACUAUGGCUGGUAUCCGAUUGCACGUUGUCGCUCCACUCGUGUUAGUGGCUGUGAAGAAAUGUGCCAGGGAUCCAUCGCCAUAUGUCAGGAAAUGUGCGGCUUAUGCACUUUGUAAGCUCUACGACUUGCUUCCAGAGGAAAACACGACUUUGGAGGAGGUUGUGGAUGUCUUGCUCGGUGACAGUUCCUCUGGUGUAGUGGGAGCUGCUGCUGUUGCAUUUAAUUCAGUGUGUCCAAAUGGUUUAGCGCUGAUAGCAAAGCAUUUCCGAAAGCUCUGUGAGACACUCCCCGAUAUUGAAGAAUGGUAUCAGAUUACUCUAAUUGAGAUCCUCUUGCGAUAUGUGAUUGCUAGACAUGGAUUGGUUAAGGAGUCUGCAAUAUUUGCUUCAAAUUUGUCUUGGGAGAUCCAGGGUGCUAAAGAUUCAGUUCCUGUUGAUAAUAUGUCCUGCAUCCAAGCUGAAACUGUUGUUAAUGGAGCGUGUGGCACUAUCUCAAGCAUGACGUUGCUUCGGCAUUACAUUGACGAAUAUUCAGCAUGUUUUGAUGGAGAGGGUGAUAAAAUCAGAAGUCCACCUGUCACUACUAGCACAAAUGAAGAUGUCACAAUUCUUUUAAAAUGCACAUCGCCUCUUCUGUGGAGCCAAAAUAGUGGAGUGAUACUUGCAGCAGCAAGUGUUCAUUGGAUAAUGGCUCCAGUUCAGGAAGUGAAGAUAAUUGUUGGCCCGAUUUUAUUUACCCUACGCUCGUCUCCUGAUGCAACAUAUGUGAUGCUUGGCAACAUACUAGUUUUCGCCAAGACUGCUCCUUUAUUGUUUGCUCCAUAUUAUGAAGAUUUCUUCAUAUGUGCUUCAGACCCAUAUCAGACUAGGGCUUUGAAGCUUGAAAUAAUCACCACCAUCGCUACAGAGUCGUCUAUUCCAGCCAUUCUUGAAGAAUUUCAGGAUUAUAUUAAAGACCCGAAUAGGAGAUUUGUGGCCGAUACAGUUGCUGCAAUUGCACUGUGUGCCGAAAAGCUCCCCUCUGUCACCUCCACUUGCCUUGAAGGGCUUUUGGCACUUGUAUUUUAUGAAUCAUCUAUCGCAAACUCAGUUCACUUGGAUGGAGAAGAUGUUGUGUUAGUCCAAGCUAUCCUUUCAAUCAAAGCAAUAGUGAAAAUAGAUGCAGCAUGUCACGAAAAGGUGAUUAUCCGUUUGGUUCGUACUCUGGAUGUAAUUAAGGAGCCUGCAGCACGAUCCUUAAUUAUUUGGAUAUUUGGCGAGUAUAGCUCCACUGGGAAUCUCAUCCUGAGGAUUGCUCCAGCUGUUCUCAAGUAUCUGGCAUGGUCCUUUGCUGCUGAAGUGCUCGAGACAAAGCUUCAGAUCUUAAAUACUUGUGCAAAGGUUAUCAUACAUGCUGCAGAAGAACACCUACAAGAGUUCAAAAGGGAACACCUACAAGAGUUCAAAAGGAUAGUGGCAUAUGUAAUUCAGCUUGCUGCAUGUGACAUGAAUUAUGAUGUCCGUGAUCGUGCACGUUUUCUAUCAGGACUUCUGCCAUUCUGUGCUAAUGAAAAUGACUCCUCAUGUCGAUCACAGAAUGCAGAUGUUUGUAAGGAACUAGCUGAUCAUAUCUUCGAUGGGAAGAUACAUUCUGCAUCUAAUUCAGACAGCAAUUACCGGAUUUAUCUUCCCGGUUCUCUGUCACAAGUUGUUCUUCAUGCAGCUCCUGGUUAUGCACCACUUCCAAAACCCCAAAGUAUGGUUUUAAUCCAUAAGACAAUGGAAUCAACCAGAGGCGUAGCUGAUUCCUCCGAUAGUAAUAAUUCUGAUGCUGAAUCUGGAUCUUCAGCAAAUGAGAGUGGCUCCCUUUAUGAUUCAGAAAGUGAAGGUGGUGACUUAUUUGACAGAGAUGGCACUGGAUCUAAGCAAUAUUCAAAUGAUGAUGGCCAUAACCUUCAUCGUCAAGAAGGUAAUCAGGAAGCUCCCCUGGUUAAUAUGUACGACGGUAGUGUAGGCCAAGGCCAUGCAGGUCAAGAUGAUGAAAAUUUGGCAUCUCUCAUCUCCACGGAUUUAACUGAAUUAAUGUCAAAGUCAGCCUUGGAGUCGUGGCUUGAUGAGGCUCCCACUACACCGCUUGUUCAGAAUUCGAUACAGGCGUCAUGCGCAAGAGUCUCUUUUACCACUCGCAGCUUUGAGCGAAAACCUAAAUUGCAUGUAUUAUUAGACCCAUCGAACAGUAAUGGCUUGAGUGUUCUAUAUGCCUUCUCAUCGGAGGUUUCACCCAACUCACGGUUGCUAGUAUGUAUAGACUUGUUCGUUGAGAAUGUUACACCAGACCAACUCGUAGAUAUAACCAUCAAAUCUGAAGAGGCUUCUACUAGUGAGCAUGGCAUGGAAACAUCAGAAGGAUCUGCAAGCAUACCAACUCCUGUUCCAAUGGAAGAGAUACAGUCCUUGGCUCCGCAACAGACAGCUAAGAGGGUUCUUCAGGUUCACUUCCAUCACCAUAUCUUGCCCAUGAAGCUGUCUGUCUUUUGCAAUGGGAAAAGACAUCCAGCCAAGCUUCACCCAGACAUUGCUUAUUUUGUACGGCCACUACCCAUGGAUCUAAAUGCUUUUCUGUGCAAGGAAAACCAGCUAAGGGGAAUGUUCGAAUACGCUAGAAGGUGCACCUUCAAAGAUCAUCUUCAAAACCCUGAGCACACUGAAGACAGCGCGGACAACACCGACAAGAACCUUCUUGUAGCCCAGAGUCUCGCAUCUAAACUACUCAGCAACGCCAAUGUUCACCUAGUGUCGAUGGAUAUGCCGGUAACCUUCAGCAUCGACGACGCCUCCGGCCUGUGCUGGCGAUUCUGCAGCGAGAUCCUGAGCAAUUCAUACCCCUGCCUGAUUACCGUUGUGGCAGAAGGGCACGCCUCGGGACCACUGGAUCUGACCAUCAAGGUGAACUGUGAAGACACGGUGUUUGGCCUGAACCUCCUGAACAGAGUUGUAGCCAUCAUAGAAUGA